AUGGAGGCUUCCCUUAGAAGAGGAGGAGUUGGUGGAAUGAUGUCUAAACCGCAAACUCCGAGGUCGAGCAAUAAAACGGCAAGAUAUUUGCGGUCGAGCGAGGGGAGUUUUAGCGGGAAACACGACAAGGAUAAGGAUAAAGGUGUGAACGUGCAGGUUGUUGUGCGAUGCAGGCCAUUGACUGAGGAUGAGACAAAACUGCGUGCACCUGUGGUGAUUUCUUGCAAUGAAAGCAGAAGAGAAGUUUGUGCACUUCAGAAUAUUGCUAAUAAGCAGAUGGAUAGGACUUUUACCUUUGACAAGGUUUUUGGUUUAUCAUCCCAACAAAAGGAUUUAUACGACGAGGCUGUGUGCCCCUUAGUAUUUGAAGUUAUUGAAGGCUACAAUUGCACUAUAUUUGCGUAUGGACAAACUGGAACUGGAAAGACAUACACAAUGGAGGGUGGAGCAAGAAAAAAGAAUGGUGAAUUCCCGAGUGAUGCAGGUGUGAUCCCAAGGGCCGUGAAGCAAAUUUUCGAUAUCUUAGAGGGCCAGACGAGCGAGUACAACAUGAAGGUCUCUUUCCUAGAGUUGUACAAUGAGGACAUAACCGACCUUUUGGCACCUGAAGAAUUUUCGAGAUCCAAUGAAGACAAGUCGAAAAAACCAUUGGCACUUAUGGAGGAUGGAAAAGGAGGAGUUGUGAUCAGGGGAUUGGAGGAGGAGAUUGUUAGCUCUGCAGAUGAAAUAUACAAAAUAUUGGAGAAAGGUUUGAGUAAGAGGAGAACAGCCGAGACUCUUCUCAACAAACAAAGCAGUCGUUCGCAUUCCGUAUUCACAAUUACGAUUCACAUCAAAGAGGCUACUCCAGAAGGAGAGGAGUUGAUCAAAUGUGGCAAGCUUAAUUUAGUCGAUCUUGCUGGCUCCGAAAAUGUCUCGCGUGAGAUCAACAAGAGUUUGCUAACACUUGGUAGAUGCAUAAAUACGUUAGUUGAACACUCAGGUCAUAUACCGUUUAGAGACAGUAAGUUAACAAGGCUGUUGAGAGAUUCUCUUGGAGGGAAAACAAAGACUUGUAUAAUUGCCACAAUAUCACCUUCCAUCCAAUGUUUGGAAGAGACACUCAGCACAUUAGAUUACGCUCACCGUGCAAAAAACAUAAAAAAUAAACCAGAGAUUAAUCAGAAGAUGAUGAAAUCAGCUGUAAUCAAGGAUUUGUAUUUCGAAAUUGAUCGCCUAAAGCAAGAGUUAUUUGCCGCACAAGAGAAAAAUGGGAUAUACAUCCCAAGAGAUCGAUAUCUCCAGGAAGAGAUAGAGAAAAAGGCCAUGACUGAAAAAAUAGAGCGCAUAGAUAUUGAGUUAGAAUCCCGGGAUAAGCAUUUACAAGAGGUCCAGGAAUUAUACAAUUCUCAACAUCAGUUUUCUGUUGAACUAACUCUUAAACUUGAAAAUACAAAGCAAAGGCUACAGGAAACUCAGGAUUCAUUGCGUGAUCUUGAAGAAAGGUGUAGACAAGCAAAUGCAACAAUAAAAGAAAAGGAAUACUUGAUAUCCAAUCUUCGAAAAUCCGAGAAAGCACUUGCUGAGCGAGCUCUUGAGCUUCGAGCAGAGUUAGAGAUUUCUGCCUCAGAUAUUUCAAACUUGUUCACCAAGAUUGCUCAAGAAUUGGACAUCUUGCAUAAAAGUGUAGCAUCUUCAACAACAAAGCAAGAACAACAACUUAAAGAGAUGGAAAAAGACAUGCAUUCAUUUGUAUCUACAAAAACAGAGGCAACUAAAGAGCUUCGAGUUUAUCUAGAAAAGAUGAAAACCAUGUACGGCUCUGGAAUUCGAAACUUAAAUGAUUUAGCAAAAGAGCUUGAUAUUACCUCUCAAUCAGCAUUCAGUCAUCUGAAUCAUGAAGUUUCCCAACAUUCUUCAAACUUGGAAGAGCUCUUUAAGGGACUUACAUUCGAAGCGGAUGUUUUGCUUCGUGAUCUUCAAGAAAAUCUAAUUUGUCAGGAAAACAAGUUGACUACGUAUGCACAACAACAACGUGAGGCUCAUAGCAACGCUAUUGAAUCCACACGAUCAAUUGCUCAAAUUGCUGUAGACCUGUUCAAGAAUUUAAGUGCGCAUGCUUUAAAGGUGGACAAAAUCAUGAAAGAAGAACAAACAACAAAUGAAUAUAAGUUGUCUGAACUUGAAAAAAAGUUUGAGGAGUGUGUUGCCCUUGAAGAAAGACAACUAUUGGCAACUGUGGCUGAAUUACUUGCAGAUUCAAAUGCUAGAAAAAAGAAAUGGGUUGAACAUGAAAUUGGUGGAAUUCGAGAAAAUAUGGCCAUUAGAACCAAGAAACUACAACAAGAGAUGUCAAUCAUGCAGGACACGACUUCAUUAGUUAAGGCAAAAUGGGCAGAUUACACUCAACGGGCCGAAUCUCGUUAUCUUGAAGAUGCAACUUCAGUUGAAAGUGGGAUAGAAAAUAUUAAACUUGUCCUACAUAAAUGUUUGGAACAAGUACAACUUGGGGCACAACAAUGGAACAAGGGUCAAGAGUCCCUGCUUAGUCUAGAGAAGAAGAGUGUUGAUUCAGUGGAUGAAAUAGUUAGGGGAGCAAAGGACAGGCUUCAAGUUUUACGAGGACAACUCUUGUCAACCGUCAAUUCAAUAGAGGAAGAUGCUGAUACUGAGAACAAGAAGCUACUAUCCUCCAUGAACCGUUCAUUACAACUUGACCACGAGGCACGUGAGAAACUCGAGUCCGUCAUUAGCCCUUGUCGUGCAGACUUGAGGGAACUCGAUAACGCACAUAACCGAAAGAUUUCGGAAAUCACAGAAAAUGCAGGAAAAUGCCUCCUUCAAGAUUACAAGGCAAGAAACAAAAUAAUCAGAUCACACAUUUUUUUGUUAUUUUUCUUAUAG